AUGCGACUGCACUAUAGAGCGAGCCCGCCCAGAGUGACAACGCAUGGAGGUAAUCGCGCAGCAGGAGCAGAAGACCCAACCGACCCGCAAACGAUGCUGGAAAUUCUUCAGCAACAGCUGGAAUCAUUUCAGACAUUUCAGCAACAGAAUCUGGAGAAUAUUAACACGGUACAGUCUAAAAUCCGUGAGAUACUAAACAAAAAUAUAUUUGAAAGGAAAACUCCACUAUGUAGUUCAGACAAGAUUCUGAUGACUUGCACACCAAGUGAUGGAUCUCUGCUUAUGGAAAAUCCUGAAUCGCCGCCUUCUAAGAGAAAAGUUCAUCAUGAUCAACAACCCUGUUCAGAUGAGCAUGUGGAAGCAAAUUCCAAUACUGGAAAUGUUGUCAGUGAUAUAAAUAUUCCACAAGGGAUUUCGCUUAAAACUAUAGCAACUGAAAAGGUUGAAAAUGCAGACGAUCUGUUUGGAAACAACAGGAUACUCGCAAUAAAAGAUGAACAUAAACGUGGACAUUUGCUAUCUGGCACUGAUUUGGAGACAGAAAGGUUGAAGGCUGCCCAUGAGAAGGUCAUUCUGAGUGAAUGUAAACAUCAUAUACCUUUUCCCAAAUUUGGGAAAGAAUUUAAUAGAAUAGACAAUACUAACUAUCCUACCACGUUGCUGAAACAAGCAUUUCAGAAGUCAGUCCGUAAUGAUUUGGAUUUGUUAGCAGAUAAUACAGAAAAAUCUGGGGUUUUUUACAGAGAAAAAUUAAAUAACUUCAAAGAAAGUGCAGAAAUUGUGACCUCUCUAGAUGAAUCACACCUUGGUUUAAUUCCAGUUAAAGAAAAUGGCCUACAUUUUGAUCUAGAAUUUUAUAAAGACUCCAAAUGUGCCGAUGUAUGGGGUGGUUCUCCUACAACAGUAUACAGUGAAAAAGCAGAAUCUCAAAGCAAAAAUGUACACAAAGAAUUUAGAUUCAAUUACAGUGAAGGUGACAGGUUCCAGGUUAAUUCUUUUUCCGAGAUGGUGAAAGAUAGGCUACUAAUGCUUGAUAACAAAGGGCAACUAAAAAAAGAAAAAGAACAACAACAGACUACGUUGCCGAGGCCAGGAAAUCAGAAGUUCAGCAAAAUCAAAGUAGCCUCUGAAUAUGAUGGCAAAAUUGAAGCAUUGCAAAAGUCCCUGAAAAAUUCUGAGCAUUUGCAAAAAACAGUACGUGAUCUCCUGAAUGAAAAUGUAGCUCUCAAGAACAAAGCGGAACCUCUUACUGUUGCCAUACAGUCUUCAAAAGAAAAAAUAUCAAAAUGUAAUAUGCAAAUUAAGGAUUUAGCUGAAGAAAAGAAAAGUGUGCAAGUCCAGUUGGUUAAAUCACAAGAAGAUAACAAGGAAUGUAUUAAGGAAGCAAAGAACUUCUUAAGGAAAUGUAAAGAACUCCAAAACCAGAAGAACAUCCUUGACAAAGAGAGGAAUCGACUCCAUAAUGGAAACCAACAUUCAAUACAGACACAACAUGAUUUUCAAAUUAGGAACCAGAAAGUAGAAGAGAAGAUGACUGCUGUUUCCUGUGAAGGAGAGAGGCUCAGUACAAUGCUAAAGCUCUUGCAAAAGGAAUGCUUCGAGUUACAAGAAACAAAUAAAAAACUUAGGAUAGAAAUAUCCCAGCUUACAAAAGAAAAUAGUUCCCUAGAGCAAGAUCUUGAAAGAAAUCAGAGUGAAAUGCAACAAAUAAAAGAAAAAGGAACCGCAACGAAAUCUGAACUGGAAACUCAUCUUCAGUUAAUGCAAACACUGGAAGCCAAAAAACUUAACCUUGAACUGACCCUGCAGGAAUGUUCUGAUACUAACCAGAUGCUGCAGAAGGACUUUGAGAAACUCCAAUCAGAUAAAGCUUAUACAGAAAAGAAACUCAUGACUGAACUCAGAAAUGCAAAAGCAGAUAUCUAUCUUUUAAAGUCUAACUUGACCAGUGCAAACGGAGAAUGCAAGAGGUUUUCAACAGCCGUAACAAAUGUCACAGGGGAAAAUCGGUUCCUUAAGAAAGAACUGCGGGAGUAUAGACAAGACACUUCCAAAUAUGAAGGUGACAUUAGAAAAUUGACCGAAGAACGCUUACUAUUAGAAAAUCUCCUGUGGACUACUGAAAAUGAGAGAGAUGUAUUACAGUUUGAAUUCCGCCAUUUGCAUAAGGAUUAUAUUUAUCUCCGAUGCCAAGCUACAGCUCUAGUCUGUGGGCAAAGGAAACCUGGUUACCAGGUACCAUGGUACUCGUAUCAUGCAAUAUAACUGUUACUCUGAAUAUUCCACUAGAAUGUGUACAGAAAUUUCUGUUCUAAGUAUAAAGCCUUGGAAUACGAUUCACAAGGUGAACUUUAUUCUACAAUAUCUUAUUAGCCGAUUUUCUCUUCCAGGCAAUUCCUGAUAAUCUACAACAGUCCGUUGCUUCAAAUAAAUCUUAAUAAACCGUUUUCUUU